AUGGCGAAGCUGGCGGUGAUGCAGCGGGGUCAUCCUUCCCUUCAGUUCUCGCUUCCCCCUUCCUCCCUCUCCGAUUUCCAUGGCGUCAGGCUCAGCUCCCCGGUUCAGGUGAUCGCCGGAGAAAUGCCCGUCGAGUGGAAUCAAUUUAGGGUUCCAAAGGAGGGAGUCGAACCUCAAUUUCGGGUGCUAAUCAGUCGAUCGCCCUCUCUCCUGUCCUGUUUGGCAGAUGAAGAGGAAGCCAUGGGAGACCCGGGGGGCCUUGCAGGUGACAGCAUCUGCCACCAAGAAGAUCCUGAUAAUGGGGGGAACGAGAUUCAUCGGGGUGUUCCUGACCAGGCUUCUGGUGAAGGAGGGCCAUCAGGUUUGCUGCCGCUCCUGAAGAAGCUUCGGGUCUGAAUGAUGGAAGCUUCUGCAAUCGUCUUCAUCGUCGUCAUUAUCUUCUUCUUCUUCUUCUUCUUCUUCCACCAGGUGACGUUGUUCACGAGGGGAAAAGCAGCCAUCACGAAGAAGCUCCCUGGGGAAUCCGAUGAAGAGUAUUCUGACUUCUCUUCCAAGGUAAGCCCCUGGUUCUGCAAAAAUUCCGCUAGAAAAUGAUGUAGCAGAUCAUAAUCCUCCAAGAUUCCAGAGAUGGGUUGGUCCAAUGUUAGUCUCUUAGUAGCCUAUUUAGAACCCUAAAUUUAUUUUCCAAUGUUAGCAUCAUCACACUAUCCGGGAAGACUCAUUGAUUACUUACAGAACCUAAAUGCCACAACUUGAUUGUAGUCGGGAGGAGCUUAGAACCCUAAAUUUAUCUUUCCUGUUACAGUAUAGUCAUCUAGUAAUACGCUCCAAGGAUAACGUUGAACUGAAGCUAUGGCAACAUGAUCAUAGGUGCUGCAUCUGAAGGGGGACAGGCAAGACUUCGAAUUUGUGAAGAAAGCCCUCUCGGCAGAGGGGUUCGACGUAGUAUAUGACAUAAACGGUAACUCUCAUGUUCUACUAUCUGGUUGACCUUCCUCUCCUGAUGCUCCCAUGGAGGUAUUUUCCUUUUUUUAGCUAAUUUUUUGUUAUCCCCCCCCCCUCCCCCUGAUAAUCUCCCCCUUUCAGGCCGUGAGGCGAACGAAGUAGAGCCCAUCUUGGAUGCCCUCCCGAACCUAGAACAGUAGGCGAAUCUUCCAUACUUGGAAAUGGGUCAACGUCUGACCUUCCCAACUUCUGGCGUGGAACUAAAAGAUUUUCUAUUUCAGGUACAUUUAUUGCUCGUCAGCCGGGGUUUAUCUGAAAUCCGACCUUCUUCCUCACUUCGAGGUGGGUUAUGUCGUGAAAGAGAUGGUGUUCUUGGAGGCCCUUGCUCUGACAGUUGACUUUUUUUGGGGGAUCCGUAGACGGAUGCAGUUGACCCGAAGAGCCGGCACAAGGGGAAGCUCAACACGGAGAGCUUGCUGCAGUCAAGGGAUGUGAACUGGACCUCUAUAAGGCCCGUCUACAUCUACGGGCCUCUGAACUACAACCCGGUGGAGGAGUGGUUCUUCCACCGCCUAAAAGCCGGCCGUCCGAUCCCCAUCCCUGGCUCCGGAGUCCAGAUUACGCAGCUCGGCCACGUCAAGGUUAGUGACGAUCAGUCAUCUGCUGUUUCUUCUAACGUGUUUAUACAAGCUAUACCCCCUCUUUUCUCAUAGAUAUAUGUUUAUUAGUAUUAUUAUUAUUAUUAUUAUUAUUAUUAUUAUUAUUAUUUAAGAAAAUAAAAGGAUCAACGUGCCAAUUUCUCCUUUGAUAGCAUAGUUCUAAUUGCGCGGUAAGAAAAUAAAUUUUAUUCCUCAGAAAAUCAUGUUCACGGUAUAAAACCAGGAAGGGAAGCCAAUUGAUUUAUGGAGAAGAGGAAGUCACUGAGUGAAGAAAUGAUGGGUGGAUUUGGACUGAUUUCAGGAUCUGGCGACGGCCUUCAUCAAAGUGCUUGGGCAUCCCAAGGCCAGCAAACAGGUCUUCAACAUUUCUGGCUCUAAAUAUGUCACCUUUGAUGGUCUCGCGAGGGCAUGCGCCAAGGUGAGCAUAUGCAUUAAUUAUUUCUGUUCAAUUUCCUCUGAAUAUUCUUAUUGGGCGAAUAUUCCUGUGAAUUAUUUCUGUUCAAUUUCCUGUUUAAUUAUGAAUGGGUUUAUUUUCAGUUUUAGCUAUUAUUUUAUUUGGCACUAAAUAUGAUGCCACCUUGGAUGGGUUGGCAAUGGCACGUGGGAAAUUAUGGAGAAUAUUUGUCAAUUUAUUUCAGCCAUUUAAUUCGGCUUGUGUUUUCCAGGCUGGUGGGUUCCCUGAGCCGGAGAUCGUCCACUAUAACCCCAAGGACUAUGAUUUUGGAAAGCUCAAGGCAUUCCCCUUCCGUGACCAGGUAUUUACUAUUUAUGACUCCUCGAUUCAGGAAACUAUGGGGAAAUCAAUGGCUUCUAUUUCUUUCUUCUUUUAGAAUAUGCACCUUCUUUCUCAUAACUUGAGACAGAAAAGGGGGAGAAAUAAAAUCAAAACAUACCUGAAAAAGACCGAAGCCUGAGGGAUCACCUAGCAUCCUCCCCUUCUCUCUCUCUUUCAGCAUUUCUUCGCAUCCAUAGAGAAGGCUGCCAAGGAGCUGGGAUGGACCCCAGAGUUUGACCUUGUUGAGGGCCUGGCGGACUCCUACAACCUCGACUUCGGGCGGGGAACCUAUCGAAAGGAGGCUGACUUCACCACCGAUGACAUGAUCCUUAGCAAGACCUUUGUUCUUCAGAAGUAG